AUGGGCUCUCUUUCGAGCAAAUCCGGGGCAGAAACCGAACCAAAAACUACAACAGAUUCAAUGUUACAAUUAUCUUUGAGAUCGGCCACCAAUGGUUUUAAAAACGUGUCGAAGUUUGCUUCCACGUUCGGCUCCAAGUAUGCAGCCAUCAGAACCAUCUCCAUAGUCAGUGCGGCCGGGGUCUCCAAGCUCAGAGAAUUGCCCUCUCUGGUUCCCGUGGAUUCAACUUGGUAUAUGCCCAAUUCGCCUCAGAAUGGAUUGCGUGAGUACUUGGAGGAACGGUUAUCAGCAGAUACCGUGUUCUUUGACAUUGACGCCAUCAAGGAUCCAGCCAGUCCGUAUCCCCACAUGCUUCCAUCCGCAGAAGACUUUGACAAAAGUGUCAGCAAACUCGGAAUCAAAAAUGGCGAUAGUUUGUUGAUCUACGAUAACCAGGGCAUAUUUUCCAGUUGCCGUGCUGCCUGGAUGUUUGAAGUGUUCGGUCACGAUAUCUCCAAGAUCAAUCUGCUUAACACUUAUCCAAUCUACAAAGAGACUAACAAUGCGGUUGACAACGACACGUUUGAAAGUGAGAGCCCAUUAGCUGAGUCAGAUUACAAGCAUGCUAAAUUUGACAAAACCAAGGUUAUCGAUUACGAAGAACUGUUGGAAUUGGUCAAGGCAGAGAAGAUAGGUCCCGAAUAUACCCUUUUGGAUGCCCGUUCAACACCAAGAUUUACAGGCGAAGCCCCAGAGCCUCGUGCGGGGUUAUCAUCUGGACACGUUCCAGGUGCUAUUUCGGUUCCGUUUACUGAUCUUCUGGGUUCCAUCAAAGACGGGUUCCUGUCCCAAACGAGAUUGCAGAUCUACUUCCAGGCAAAAGGUAUCGACGACUCCAAACCUUUCAUAGUCAUGUGUGGCACCGGUGUGACCGCCUGUAUUCUCAAGUAUGGACUUGAAAUCGCAGGUUUGGGCCAGAAAGGCAUUAGAGUCUAUGAUGGUAGUUGGACAGAAUGGGCUCAGAGAGCAGAACCUGAGUACAUCCAAAAAGUUUAA